AUGUCCGGUGAGGAGCACAGCCUGUCUGAAGCUGAGCUGAGUCCCGGAGGGUCCGAGGACGGCCGCUCACUGUCACCGAUCCAAUCCGGUGCGCACGGUCAGGACUCGCCUCUGUCAGGACCGCCGUCGCAGCAGCAGCAGCUCACCGCGCUGUGCGUCGCCGACCUCGGCGUCGAAGAUGGAAGCAGAUCCAGAGCCAAAUCGGAGGAAGAGGAUGAUCGCUUCCCCAUCGGCAUCCGGGAGGCGGUCAGCCAUGUGCUGGACGGAUAUGACUGGACACUUGUGCCAAUGCCGGUCCGUGUAAACAACGGGAACAAAGCCAAGCCGCACGUCAAAAGACCGAUGAACGCGUUCAUGGUGUGGGCGCAAGCGGCGAGGAGGAAACUGGCCGAUCAGUACCCCCACCUGCACAACGCGGAGCUCAGCAAGACCCUCGGCAAACUGUGGAGGCUGUUAAACGAGAACGACAAGAGGCCAUUCAUCGAAGAGGCGGAGAGGUUGAGGAAACAGCACAAGAAGGACUACCCGGAGUACAAGUACCAGCCUCGGAGGCGCAAAAACGGCAAACUUGCGCCUGCUAAUGAGUCUGACAGCCAGGGGGAAGGAGAAGCCAGCCACUCCCAGUCGCACUAUAAGACCCUGCAUCUAGAACAUAACGGCGGAGCUGGGUCUCCUCUGGGUGACCUGCAUCACCAUCAUCAUCACCACCACCAUCCUGCUGGUCAAGGUCACAGCCCACCCACACCCCCCACCACUCCCAAAACGGAGCUCCAGACUGGGAAACUGACAGACACCAAAAGAGAGGGUGGUGCAGGAGCGGCCGGAGGGUCAGGGGGCUCCAGGGGAGCCCUUGGGGUGGGAGCUGAAGGUGCCACAGGUGGUCCGUCAUCAUCAAGUACUAAACCCCACAUUGACUUUGGCACCAUGGACAUCGGUGAGAUCAGCCACGAGGUGAUGUCCAACAUUGAGCCGUUUGACGUGAACGAGUUCGACCAAUACCUUCCUCCGAAUGGUCACCCACAGAGCGGCUCAGGCAGCAGUUCCGGUGGAGCAUCCGCCUCAUCUUAUGCGUAUGCCCUGGCGGGGCACUCCGCCUGGCUCUCCAAACAGCAGCAGCAGCCUCAGGCCUCUCCAUCAUCCUCUGACCCCUCCAAAGCGCAGAUUAAGAGCGAGUCUGCGAGUCACUACGCUGAGACCUCAUCUUCUCCUUCCUCAGGCACCCACGUCACCUACACCCCACUCAGCCUGCCUCACUAUGGCUCCGCUUUCCCCUCGCUGGCCUCCAGAGCCCAGUUUGAGUACGGAGACCACCAGGCACCUGGGGCGUACUACGCCCACUCCAGCCAGGCACCAGGGCUGUACUCAGCUUUCUCCUACAUGGGGCCAACACAGAGGUCUCUGUACACUACCAUAGGAGACCACUCCAGCGUGGCCCCCUCUCACAGCCCCACACAUUGGGAGCAGCCUGUUUACACCACGCUUACAAGACCUUGAGGGAAGGCAGUUUAAACAGCGGG